AUGGCUUCACAUUUGAGUACCCGAGACCGUUUGUUGUCGUUGAUCGAUGAUAUAGAACUAAUAGCAAAAGAGAUAAUUGAAGUAGCUAUAGCACCAAAACCACAGAAACUAUCAGCUGCUGAUCAUGCUCAACUCACAGAGUUACUGCUGUCGAAGGAUGCAGAACUAAAGAAAACUUUAGAAUUGGCUGAUGAACAAGCCAAAAUUCAGGAAAAAAUGAAUGAACUAAAAGCUGAAGUUUAUAAUAAGGAUCAAGAUAUUUCUCUUCUUCAACGGCAACUUAAAGAUGCCGAACAAAUUUUGGCCACAUCAUUAUAUCAAGCAAGACAGAAACUUGCAUCAAUAGUAAAGUCCAGAAAAAGACCUGUGCCGUCUGAGGAGUUAAUUAAGUUUGCACAUAGGAUAAGUGCAUCAAAUGCAGUCAGUGCACCUCUCUCUUGGCAGCCCGGUGAUCCUCGGAGACCAUACCCAACAGACCUUGAGAUGAGACUUGGAAUGCUUGGCCGACUCUGUGAUCUUCCCCUAAACGGUCAUGCACCGUCCACUCUUAACGACCUACACAGAAUUACUACUGGCGGAGUGCCUGCCUCUGCUACAAAUCAGUUCACAUGGCACCCUUCAGGUGAGUUGCAUAUGUCAGUUGGCGGUGGUAACUCUGUGGCUAUUGAUGGCCGUGGGAAAGAUGCUCCUGCGCAGGAGGACGUUGAAGUCAUGUCUACAGACUCUAGCUCUAGUUCUAGCAGUGAUUCUCAAUAG